AUGCGCGCCUUUGUACUGCUCUGUCUAGUGGCUUUUGCCUGCGCCGACAAGCUUGGCUAUAACUAUCAGCCUGUUGGCCACUCCGGUGCAGGAGACGGAGACGCAACUGGACCCACUCGGCACAGUCUGAAUUUCCAGCCCAGCGAGUCGCGUUUCCAGCCUAGCGCUCACAUUGCCGAACCAACAGGCCAAGCAGCCAACUAUGCUGCGCCACAAGCUGAGCUGGAAAAGGAAUUCUACACCUACAGCGCCAACGAGCAGGACUUUGAUGAGCCACAAGCACUGGAUAGAGUCAAUGCUGCCGUAAACAAAGCUCUGCGUGUUGUUUUCAUCAAGGGACCCGAGAAUCGUGGCCUGGAAGACGCAGCACUCGCUCUAGCCAAGCAGGCUGCCCAACAGGAAACUGCCAUCUAUGUGCUCAACAAGCAGACUGACCUCGGUGAGCUCGCCCAGAAAUUCAACGCAGUGCGCAACAAUGUCAACAACAAGCCCGAGGUGCACUUUGUCAAGUAUCGCACCCAGGAGGAUGCUCUUAAUGCUCAGCGUGCUAUUCAAGGCCAAUACGAUCAGCUGGGCGGUACUAGCCAAGCUCAUGAUGGUGGCGUUGCUUCUGCUUUGAACUUUGCCUCUCAGGCGCCAGCUGAAGUCCGUGAACAUGCCAGCGAAGCUUCAGCACCUGGUCCAAGCUAUUUGCCAGCCAACAUUUUCCGUCGUCUGCGUCUUUAA